AUGUCCGACGAAUACGAGGAAGUCGAGGUGGCCGAAGCCACGGAAGGAGACGAGGAGAUCAGCGCACAUCCGGCUGAGGAAGAUCGGACCGAGGAUCAGCAGCCCGAGGGAGAGCCUGUCGACGAGGCGGCCCCGGCUGAAGAUGAACCCCCGGCGGAGGAGGAGCCUGUGGCUGAGGAGGAGCAGGUAGAGGACAUCCCGGUUGAGGAGGAGCCGGUCGCUGAAGAGGAGCCACCAGCGGAAGAAGAGCCUGCCCCUGAAGAGGAUGCCCCGGUUGAGGAGGAACCCCCAGCGGAGGAAGAGCCAGUGGCUGAGGAAGAGCCUCCAGCAGAAGAGGAGCCCGUCCCAGAGGAGGAACCUGUAGCUGAGGAGGAGCCCCCGGCAGAAGAAGAGCCGGUUGCUGAAGAGGAGCCACCAGCUGAGGAGGAGCCCGUCGCCGAGGAGGUCCCAGAAGAGGCCCCGGUUGAGGAGGAGCCCGUUGCUGAGGAGGAGCCCCCAGUGGAGGAGGAACCCGUCCCAGAAGAGGAGCCUGUGGCCGAGGAGGAGCCUCCAGCUGAGGAGGAGCCCGUCCCGGAAGAGGAGCCAGUUGCCGAGGAGGCCCCGGCUGAAGAGCCCGUCGAGGAACAAGUCGAGCAGCAAGAAUUCACUUUUGAUGAAUCUGCCCCGCCACAGGAAGAGGUUCCGGCCUCAGAACCCUCGAGCCCGGUGAAAUCUCCUAAGAAGAAGAAGAAGAAGGCCAAGGUUGCCGAGGCUGAGCCAGAAGAGGCUGAACCUGUUGCGGAAGAGGCCCCGGCUGAGGAACCACAGGCCGAGGAGGUCGUUGAUGCGUCCCCUCAAGAAGAGGCGGCUCCGGAAGAGGAACCCCAAGAAGAGGCUGCUCCGGAGCCCGAGGCCAAGGAGCCGAGCCCCGUCCCGGAGAGGCGUUCGUCCCCUCCGGCCCGUCGUGCAUCUCCAUCGCCGCCACCAAGGAGGGAACCACAGAGGAUCACGCAGACUUAUGAUGACUACGACAAGGAUUCCCACCGCAAGAUUCCGCCAGCGCGUGAGCCAGUGGGAGAGUCCUUCUCCUCGUGGACACCAGCCGAUUCUGGAAAGAAAUACGAGUCGAUUUCGAACUAUGCGAGCGACGUUUCGAAGAAAUACGACAGCGGAUAUUCCUCAUCCUACACCCCCACCGUCCAGGCCUACACGCGCAAAUUCGACGAUUACGUCAGCACUGGCCCGUUCUCGAACGCCCUAUACUCGACCUCCCGUCUCGUCUCCCGAUCGCGAUCCCGUACCCGCGAACGUCGCAAUUCUCGACGGGCCCAGCGCUCAUCAUCCAACUACUAUCGAUCCAUGUUCUCGUCGGCCCUGCCAGCCCCAGCCGCGAUGCAUUCUCGUGAAUAUUCUCAGCCGCCACCAUCAGCCGUUAUUCGUACUCCCGGCCGUUCCACUUCAUUCGCCUCGUUCAUCGAUUAUGCUGGACAGAAGAACUACGAAUUGCAGAGGACAAGCUCUGUUGUUGCCGACUCGGCCAAUGCACUCAGCCGCUCCAGCUCUCGCGGCAACGUAGACCUGUACCUGGGAGGUGGCCGUCUCUCGCGUGUUGAUAGCUUCGUCAAUCAUAUGGAUACGCCGUAUGAGGCUUAUCAGCCGGCCAGCUACGAGCGUGUCCAGAGGUCCAGCUCCGUCUCCAGGCCCAUCGGAUAUUCGGCCUACACAUCGACGCCGCUCUAUCUGGAAUCGGGACGUUACGACUCGACCCCGGUCGGUGUUCGCAGUCUCUACGAGGGUCGAAUCGGCGCCCUGGAGCGCAGUCUGUCCCGCGAGAGAAUUAAUAAGGACCGGUUGCGCCAUCAAUACCAGGACCUCUCAUCGAAGCUCGAUCAGGCGUGUAGACAGAUGUCUCUCCUCAGAACAUCUUCAUACUCGGCUAUGCCACGCUCUUCCGUCUACACUCAUAUGUAUCCAUGCUAU